UGGUGAUUCAAAAUGGAGUAACCAGCAAAAUCAUCAAGGUUGAUUGCCAAUUAGCUAGGGGCAUUAUAUUCCUAUCUCUAAAGUUAAACUCAUCGUAUUACUAGCAAAUGUAAUAUUUUCAUCAGUAUGGUUGAUAAGAAGAAACCAGACUCUUUCCAUUACUUCAUGAGUUACGAUGAUCUGAGUGACAGUAGCGAUAGUAACAGCAGCGAUUCUGAUGAACAGGGCCAGAAGAAAUCGAAAGGAAAGGGUGGGGGCGAUGCUACUGGAAGCGGCAGCAAAUCUCCCCAACACGGGACCAAGCGGGCGGUUAGUGGAGCUCCUCUACCCAAACCUGAUGAGCUCUUCAAGUCGGUUUCCAAGCCAUCCUUCCUGUACAACCCAUUGAAUAAACAGAUAGAUUGGGAGAGUCGCGCCGUGAAAGCUCCUGAAGAGGUACUGUACAAAUACUGUUGACGUAGCUAGUUAGUUGUUGACCUAGUAACUUGUGUAGUUGGCUUGCAAUGUAACGUUAACUAGCUAACUAAAUUAAUUCCCACAGUGACACAAAAACAUAGCUGCUAGUGUAGUGUUACAUUAGUCAGUGAAACACCACUGUACUGUAUUCUACCAGCUAGCUAGUUUUACAAGCAAGCUACAGUGUUGAUACAGGUUUAGAGAUAAAUAGUAAUGGCGUCUUUUUGUAGACCCUAACUCAGCAAUUGGACACAGGCUGCUAUGAGGAAAUGAAUGGCGUUUUGGAUAAACGGCGAAAUUAAUGUCUGUGGUAAUCACAGGCUUAGGAAAUCUUAUACGUUUUGUUCUGAGAUAACCUUCAUCAGCUAACGUCACUUUUUGUGAAUUUUGAAGAAUUUAUGUUAUAAUAAAAAACAAAUCACAAAAGUUUCUUAAUUCAUAAAGGUCAUGUUAACUGACUGCUAUUAAAACGUAUACGACCUCCUAAGCCUGUGUUAACCUCAGACCUUCGGCGUUUAUUCCCAAACUGUAUUCUUUCCCCAUUAAUUUAUUCUGUAGGGAUGGCUGAACGAACCAGAGUUAAUUUAAUUCCGGAGUUUAAGGACUACAAGCUGGUGAGCAGUUGCCAUACCAGGCGGUGAUGCAACCAGUCAGGAUGUUCUUGAUGGUGCAGCUGUAGAACUUUUUGAGGAUCUGAGGACACAUGCCAAAUCUUUUCAGUCUCCUGAGGGGGAAUAGGCUUUGUCAUGCCCUCUUCACGACUGUCUUGGUGUGUUUGGACCAUGAUAUUUUGUUGGUGAUGUGGACACCAAGGAACUUGAAGCUCUCAACCUGUUCCACUACAGCCCUGUCGAUGAGAAUGGGGGCGUGCUCAGUCCUCUUUUUUUUCCUGUAGUCCACAAUAAUCUCCUUUGUCUUGAUCACGUUGAGGGAGAGGUUGUUAUCCUGGUACCACAUGGGGUUGGAGUCGUGCCUGUCCAUGCAGUCAUGGGUAAACAGGGAGUACAGGAGGGGACUGAGCACGCACCCCUGAGGGGCCCCAGUGUUGAGGAACAGCGUGGCAGAUGUGUUGUUACCUACCCUUACCACCUGGGGGCGGCCCGUCAGGAAGUCCAGGAUCCUGUUGCAGAGGGAGGUGUUUAGUCCCAGGGUCCUUAGCUUAGUGAUGAGCUUUGAGGGCACUAUGGUGUUGAACGCUGAGCUGUAGUCAAUGAAUAGCAUUCUCAUGUAGGUGUUCCUCUUGUCCAGGUGGGAAAGGGCAGUGUGGAGUGCAAUAGAGAUUGCAUCAUCUGUGGAUCUGUUGGGGCGGUAUUCAAAUUCGGUGGGUCUAGGGUUUCUGGGAUAAUGGUGUUGAUGUGAGCCAUGACCAGCCUUUCAAAGCACUUCUAGGCUACAGACGUGAGUGCUAUGGGUCGGUAGUCAUUUAGGCAGGUUCUUAGUUUUCUUGGGCACAGGGACUAUGGUGGUCUGCUUGAAACAUGUUGGUAUUACAGACUCAGUCGUCAGGGACAUGUUGAAAAUGUCAGUGAAGACACUUGCCAGUUGGUCAGCACAUGCUCGGAGUACACAUCCUGGUAAUCUGUCUGGCCCUGCGGCCUUAUGAAUGUUGACCUGCUUAAAAGUCUUACUCACAUCGGCUACGGAGAGCAUGAUCACACAGUCAUCCGGAACAGCUGAUGCUCUCAUGCAUGCUUCAGUGUUGCUUGCUUGCGAGCAUAGAAGUGAUUUAGCUCGUCUGGUAGGCUUGUGUCACUGGGCAGCUCGCGGCUGUGCUUCCCUUUGUAGUCUGUAAUAGUUUUCAAGCCCUGCCACAUCCUACAAGCGUCAGAGCCGGUGUAGUACGAUUCAAUCUUAGUCCUGUAUUGACUCGGAAGGCAUAGCGGGAUUUCUUAUAAGCGUCCGGGUUAGAGUCUCGCUCCUUGAAAGUAGCAGCACUACCCUUUAGCUCAGUGCGGAUGUUGCCUGUAAUCCAUGGCUUCUGGUUGGGGUAUGUACGUGCGGUCACUGUGGGGACGACGUCAUCGAUGCACUUAUUGAUGAAACCAGUGACUGAUGUGGUGUUGUACUCAAUGCUAUCGGAAGAACAAUUGGUUCUAAUCCCUGAGCCGACUAGGUGAAAAAUCUGUCGAUGUGCCUUUGAGCAAGGCACUUAACCCUAAUUGCUCCUGUAAAUCGCUCUGGGUAAGAGUGUCUGCUAAAUAACUAAAAUGUAAAUGUUAAAUGUAGUGUAAAGGUGGUCGAGUGUUUUGUUUUUUUCUUUAAUUAUUUGUUGUUUUAUUAUUUUUUAUCCGGUUGCAUAUUUAACAUGCUGGUAGAAAUUAGGUAGAACGGAUUUAAGUUUCCCUGCAUUAAAGUCCCCCGGCCACUAGGAGCGCUGCCUCUGGAUGAGCAUUUUCCUGUUUACUUAUGGCCUUAUACAGCUCAUUGAGUGCAAUCUUAAUGCCAGCAUUGGUUUCUGGUGGUAAAUAGACGGCUACGAGAAAUAUAGAUGAAUACUCUCUUGGUAAAUAGUGUAGUCUACAGCUUAUCAUGAGAUACUCUACCUCAGGCGAGCAAAACCUAGAGACUUCCUUAGUAUUAGAUUCUAUGCACCAGAUGUUAUUUACAAAUAUACACAGACCACCACCCUUUGUCUUACCAGAGUCAGUCGUUCUAUCCUGCCGAUGUAGCGUAUAUCCCGCCAGCUGUAUGUUAUCCAUGUCGUCGUUCAGCCACGACUUGGUGAAACAUAAGAUAUUACAGUUUUUAAUGUCCCGUUGGUAGGAUAAUCUUAGGUCAUCCAAUUUAUUUUCAAAUGAUUGAACAUUGGCUAAUAGGUUUGACGGAAGAGGCAGUUUACUCGCCGUCGGAUCCUUACAAGGCACCCUGACCUACGUCCACGAUAUCUCUGUCUCUCUUUCUCAUGCGAAUAACGGGGAUUUGGGCCUUGGCGGGUAUCUGUAGAAUUUCCUUCGCGUCCGACUCGUUGAAGAAAAAAUCUUUGUCCAAUACGAGGUGAGUAAUCGCUGUCCUGAUAUCCAGAAGCUCUUUUUGGUCAUAAGAGACGGUGGCAGAAACAUUAUGUGCAGAAUAAAUUACAAAUAACGCGAAAAAAAACACAUAAUAGUACAAUUGUUUAGAGGGCUGUAAAACCAACAGUAAAUAAACAAACUAAAUCAAACAUUUUCUGUUUAAUAAUAAAUCAAUAAAAAUCUGAUCCCUACACAGGCUCCAGGGCAACCUGGGAGGUCAGGUCUUCCGGCGCCAGUACCCCUUGCAAGUCUUCAGAUGUAAAAUCAUUAAGUCCCAAAAACUUUUCUGCCGCAGCCACAAUAAUGUCCAGUUUCUUAGAUUUCUUUGAGACUUGAGCCGUACAAUUUAUAACUGUGGCAAUGAACGCCACAAAAUCCACCUUUUUAACACACAGGGUAUCUUUUGACUAGCAGCAAACAUUUACUACAGGCUGUGGUGCAUCCACUACCAUAUUUUCACUAGCAUCACUUUACUCAAUUAUUUUAAUCGCCUCCGCAUAGGAGAUUCGAUUGACCGCUCGUAACUUUUGCCACCUCAAUCUCCUUCACCCUUACAGGGCACUCCAGGAACUUGGGAUCAUGAUCCCCACCACAAUUGCAACACCGUCGUCUUUCUAUACACCGUUCUUCAAUAUACUCUGUCCGUCUGCACACACUUGAAACAUGGUCCAAAUCCUUUACAAUUCUUACACUGCAAUGGUUUGGAGACGAAAGCUCUUACAUCGUAUCUUACAUAACUAAGCUUCACCUGCGUAGGUAUUUGCUCUUUAUCAAAAAACAACAGGACCGGCAGACUUUCUUAUUUUUCUCCAUUCACCCAGCGGGUCAGACGCCGGGCACCAACCACACCAGGAAUUGUCUUCAGGGAUUCAACCUGAACAUCCGUCGUCACCCCUGACAUGACUCCUUUGACUGGUGCUCUACUCCAAAGUUCAAACGCAAAACUUAUAUUGUCUGGAUUAUUUUGAGGCUCACUGCAAUCUUCCUCUGUUCUUCAGAAAUACAAUUAAUCCAAAUAAGACCACUCCUGGUCACUCUGACGGACUCUACUUUUCCCACAUAUGCAUCCUUACUCAACAAACGCACCCAACAAGAAACAAUGUAUUAUCAUUCAUACAAGUAUCCUCCUCUCCAAUUUUAGACAAUUUCCUUUUUGUUCCAGUUUUCGAUACUACUGUUUUCCUUUCAGAACAUUCGUCUUCACCAACUUUGCUUGACGCGCUGCUUGAUUCGAAUUCAUCAUCCAUUUCCGCCAACUUUCCACAGCUCGUCAACUGGCGAGCUCUAUUCCAGGGAUUUUCUAGUUUUAGUUGACUGCCAGCUAACAUGUUAUAUUGGCUAGCAGUUUGUAACGGCUAAUGUGAUGCUCCUCCAUUAGCCUUUACAGGAUAGGUACUGUUUGGCGUAGCAGAGAAUUUUCAACCAACCUGAACCUGGCGAUACUGUCUUCGUUCUCGAUUCGGCCAAACAUGCAUCUUCUCAAAUGUCUGUGUCCAGUUGCAGGUGGUUCGUUUGAAUUGAGAAAAUGCUCCGUUAUUAAAAUAUUUUUUUUGCUCCAUUAAGUAAUCCAACGUCUAUUUCCCCCCAAAAAAUCAAAUUGUAUUCGUCACAUCCUUCGUAAACAACGGGUGUGGACUAGCAGUGACAUGCUUACUUACGGGCCCUUCUCAACAAUGCAGAGAGAGAAAAAUCAUAGAUAAGUAAAACACGUAGAUAUGUACAUAUAACUAGGAAUAAAGUGACCGAUGGUAAACAGUAGCAACCAUGUAUGUGAUGAGUCAAAGUUAGUGCAAAAAGGGUCAAAACAGAUUGUCCGGGUAGCUAUUUGGUUAACUAUUUAACUAACUAUUUAGCAGUCUUAUGGCUCAGGGGUAGAAGCUGUUCAGGGUCCUGUUGGUUCCAGGCUUCGCAUCAGUAUCGAUCGCCGUGCGGUAGCAGAGAGAACUGUCUAUGACUUGGGUGUCUGGAGUCUUUGACAAUUGUUAGGGCCUUCCUCUGCCUGGUAUAGUCCUGGAUGGCAGAGAGUUCGGCCCCAGUGAUAUACAGGGCCGUAUGCACUACCCUCUGUACCGCCUUGCGGUCGGAUGCCAAGCAGUUGCCAUACCAAGCGGUGAUGCAGCCAGUCAAGAUGCUCUCAUUGGUGCAGCUGUAGAACCUUUUGAGGAUCUGUGGGCCAAUGCCAAAUCUUUUCAGCUUCCUGAGGGGGGGAAAGGUGUUGUCGUGCCCUCUUCAUGACUGUGUUGGUGUGUUUUGACCUUGAUAGAUCCCUUAGUGAUGUGGACACAGAGGAACUUGAAUCUCUCGACCCGCUCCACUACAGCCCCAUCAAUGUGAAUGGGGGCGAGCUCGGCCCUCAGUUUCCUGUAGUUCACACUGCCAGGUCUAUGACCUCCUCCCUAUAGGCUAUCACGGCGACGGUGAUCAGGCCUACCACCGUCGUUUCGUCUGCAAACUUAAUGAUGGUGUUGGAGUCAAGCGUGGACACGCAGUCGUGGGUGAACAGGUAGUACAGGUGGGGACUAAGCGCGCACCCGAGGUGCCCCCGUGUUAAGGGUCAGCGUGGCGGAUGUGUUGUUGCCUACCCUCACCACCUGGGGGCGGCCCAUCAGUAAGUCCAGGAUCCAGUUGCAGAGGGAGGUGUUCUGUCCCAGGGUCCUAAGCUUAGUGAUGAGCUUGGAGGGCACUAUGGUGUUGAACGCUGAGCUGUAGUCAAUUAACAGCAUUCUCACGUAGGUGUUCCUUUUGUCUAAGUGGGAAAGGGCCGUGUGGAAGCCAUAUUACAACCUAUGUUGUGAUAAUUGUGUUGUUUGCUCUAUAACCUGUUAGUUCAUUUGCCUUGCGACCGUGAUAUAUAAGCCUAAGGCUGAGACAAUAAGAAGACAGUGGCAGAAUAAAUUCAACCACACCUUUUGUUUCAUCACAAAACCGGACAGCAACCUCUGUCCGGUGAAGUCCACGAAGCAUAUUGCAUGGAACAAACACUUACAUAACCUACAGCAUGGUCAAGCAAGUUUUUCCAGACAUUUUCGGACCACUAAAUAACUAUUGAUUUAGAACCACAGAGUUACUGCAAGUCACAAAGAAAACAGGAGCUGCCUCCACUAUUCCAUCACCAUUUCAACUUUAACAUUUCAACAUCAUCAAAUCACCUAUGCUUAUUAGUCUAAUACAGUGACAACUAAAAGAUACCAAAAACUAUUUAGUCCAAUCAACGUAAGCUAAAUAUGAGGUGGCUGUCCAUUGUUCUGAUUUGUGUUUGUGUGCGUGCGUUCUUGCAAGUAGAAAAAACAUGUUGACUCACCUUACUGGUAGAGAAACACCAAUGCCACCCUCCUCUCUUUCAUGUUGACGAAACGGUCUGACUCUGUCAUGCAGUACACGCUUUUAUUUUUUGUUGUCCUAAACUACCUGGCUAAAAUGCUUGCUCGCUAGCCUAAUUUCCUUUCAUGGGCAGCAUUAGCUAGUUAACAUUAGCCUUCUACAUAUUGAACUUCCAUCCUUUCAGUCCAGGGGCAAAAUGUAUGAAUGUAUGGUUGGAUCAGAAUCGCUGUUAUAAUCAUUGGCCAGAACGGAGAAUUAAGUAAAAACCACAUGGCUAAUUUAGGAAAGGGACAAUUUUUUGGGGGGUAAGGUUUGUAUCACAACUAAAGUGGCCAAAUAACUUCUUAAAAUUAAGCACAUCUGCUUUACAAAGGGCGUAGAACCUAACUGGCAUUCAUAAGCAGCGUGUAGAAAUGCACCUUUUUAUAAUAAAAGCAUUAUAUGCGUAAAUCACAUUUGCAGUCACUUUUGAUAAUGUUGUUUUCCCGCUAAUGGAACAUUCGCGCUCAUAGCCUAUUGCUGUGUGCACGUUGCUGCGCUUAUAAUGUGAAGAAAUAGCCUAAUAGUUUAUCAACAUGUUAAGCUAAACGUUCUGAUCUGUUGCGUCAGCCGCAUUGUCAGGUUUUUUGAUACUAGUGGUUGUAUUAAUUUGGGAGCUAUCGCAUCCCACAACUGUCCCAGACUAUGUUUGGAAUAAUUAUUUCUCACAGAAUAGAAUAGGUCUGCUUUUGUACUAUGGGGGAUAGUAGAUUGACAUAGGCUAGUGCUUGUGCUGUUCGUUAGGCCUACUCAGCUUGUUGGCUAACGAAAAGUAAAUGUGGACAGGUCUUCAAUAUGCACCUCAGAAUUGGAUAAGGACGUGCGCAGUUGCGUCUCCGAUGUCUGUCUUCACUUGUAGUCUGUGAGAAAGACCCGAUCACGUGAUGGAGAGCCAUGUGAGUGAGUGGUGCUUCGGAGCACGCAGCACUCAGGGAGAAGGGAAUUAUAAUUAUAAUAUUUAGCCCAAGGGCACAACGGCAUGGAUUUUUUUAGGGUGCAUUACGGCCACCCAAAGGGGAUGCCGCUGGGAAAUUCGAGGCAAUAUCAAGUGCUUGUCAAAUUGUGAAUGAGAGACUGAUUAAGUGUGUACAGCCUGCGCAAAAACAAAGCAGAUCUCAUGCCUUUCAAGCGACUCGCAUCAUGCAGCCUUAUAUUACAAUGUAUAAAAAAAUCAAAACAUGUAGCACUACCUUUGUAGAACAACUAAAGUUACAUUAAUGACUCUAAGUUUAGCAUAUAAAGAGUACCUAUUUCUUUGUUAACAACUCAACACAGAAUAGCCGCAUGUGCGCACUCCCUCAAAUCAUUUGGAGAAAAUAUCCUUUCUAUUUUAUUCAACUUUGUUCAAUUGCAUUCUUCAUACUAUAAAAUAAUGCCACAGGUAUUAUAAGCAAAUCUUGUCUGCUAAAUGAACUAGCGUAGCCCACAGCCAUGUGGCAUAGCCAGAUUAGGACCUAACAUAAGGACAACUCAGAGUAUGCUAUUCUGUUCUUCUGAAAUGGACUACAUUUUCUUCAUAUCAUGUUUCUUUAGACCUGUCUAAAGUAAGUAAUGGAUUUAUUGUGAAGGUGUACGCUAUAUUACAUGGAUUUAUUAGACUUUUUAAUAUGUAGUUUUUCCAAAGGUCUGCAUUAGUGGCUUGUAGGCUAUGUGUGGAACCCAGGAGAUGCUAAAUGUGUUUAUGUUAAUUAACGGUCAAUUACCGUGAGACUGGCAGUUAUUUGCUUGACAAUCACCGGCUGACGAAAUUUCGUGACCGCCACAGCCCUAGAACCGGCACGCCUGGCUCCCAUCAUACCACGCUCAGCCGCUUAGGUCACUCGCUUUGCCCAUUAUAACAUUCAAUCGAACAGUAACUGAAUGCCUCAAUGCAUGUCUACCUGCUUUAUAUAGCAAGCCACAGCCACAUGACUCACUGUCUGUAGGCGCAAACCAUUUUUGUGACCUAAUAAACUGGCCAGUGUUUUUUUGUUGUUGCCACAUACACCAGAUAGGUAGUAAAAUGUGUUGUAUUAUAACCCCAUGCAUUGUAAACCGUACCCUUGCGGCACAGAUGAAUAGGAGAAACCUUUCGUUUUUUUUAUGAAAAGGGGAGUUGGUUAUAAGUAUCUUUGCCUGCAGCCUGCCAAGGAGUUCAAGGUGUGGAAGACGAAUGCGGUGCCCCCUCCUCAGACUUACGCCACAGAAACAGAGAAGCCCAAGAAGGGAGCUCCCCCGGGUAUGGACAUGGCCAUAAAGUGGUCCAACAUCUACGAGGAUAACGGAGAAGACGCUCCACAGCCUCACACGGGCAACGCUGUCUUCCUGCCCACAGAGGAACAGCCAUCAGAUUCAGGUAGGGGGAAAACAAUAUUGCCUGUAUGACUGACCACAGUCUCCCUGCUUAGUAUAGCCAAAGAUACUGAUAACUAACCCAAGAUUUAUCAUUGGCGUUCUUUCCAAUGGGAGCAAAUGAAGCAUAAUGGGCAGAAACAAGCAAGGAGGUGGGUAGAGCCAACCACGACCUAGCGAGAUCCAAUUGGCGCUUUUUAUUAUGUAUUUGCAGAUUUCUGUUAGGGAACGCCUACUGAAACACACUCACUCAGCAUACCAGGUGAUGCACACUCACUCACACAAAACACACACUCACAGCCCAUGUUGUAGAGACAUUGAACCACUGGUCACGUCCCAAUUGGUCACUGCUUAUUCUAAUAUUUCUACUACUGUACAUUGUAUUUUAGUUGUACGGUUUAUACACACCACAUUCAUUUAUAUACUGGAUUCUUGACAUGGCUCACUCUAAUAUAUCUACUGCUGUAGCUACAUAUCAUUCUUUAUCUUGUGUAAAUUCCCCCCGGUGUACAUACACUACCAGUCAAUAGUUUGGACACCUACUCAUUCAAUUUUUUUUUUUUUUUUUUUUUUAUGUUUUACAUUGUAGAAUAAUAGUGAAGACAUCAAAACUAUGAAAUAACACAUAUGGAAUCAUGUAGUAACAGAAGAAGUGUUAAACAAAUGAAAAUAUAUUUUCUAUUUGAGAUUCUUCAAAUAGCCACCCUUUGCCUUGAUGACAGCUUUGCACACUCUUGGCAUUCUCUCAACCAGCUUCACCUGGAAUGCUUUUCCAACAGUCUUGAAUGAUUUCCCACAUAUGCUGAGCACUUGUUGGCUGCUUUUCCUUCACUCUGCCGUCCGACUCAUCCCAAACCAUCUUAAUUGGGUUGAGGUCGGGGGAUUGUGGAGGCCAGGUCAUCUGAUGCAGCACUCCAUCACUUUCCUUCUUGGUAAAAUAGCCCUUACACAGCCUGGAGGCUACAGACCUCUACUUGCUUUGUAAGUAGGAAACACUGCCGAUUUUGCAGGUUAUCAAAUACUUGUUCUCCCCACUGUAUAUAUUGCAUUUUGAUACUGCUACAGUGCUAUUUGGGUUAUUUGGAUUCGUCCCACCGUUCUUAAAAUCGUGCUUUUUGUUGUAUUUUUUCUUUACAUUUUAAUUGUUUAUUUGACAUUUACAUUACAUUUACGUCAUUUAGCAGACGCUCUUAUCCAGAGCGACUUACAUUAUUUUUUUUAUACCCCCGUGGGAAUCGAACCCACAACCCUGGCGUUGCAAACGCCAUGCUCUACCAACUGAGCUACAUCCCUGCCGGCCAUUCCCUCCCCUACCCUAGACGACGCUGGGCCAAUUGUGCGUCGCCCCAUUGGUGUCACGGCCGGCUACGACAGAGCCUGGAUUCGAACCAGGAUCUCUAGUGGCACAGCUAGCACUGCGAUGCAGUGCCUUAGACCACUGCGCCACGCGCUCCUUGUUAGGAGCUAGCUAGUUCAUUGCACUGCUAUAACACCUGCUAAACAGUACGAAACCAAUAAACUUUAGUGGUGAGAAGUCCUAAACGGAUGCUUCAGAUUUAUAGCCACUGUGAUGUCUGGUUUUCCCCUUUUUGUCUGUGGUAUAGCUUCCUCCUUAUUUGGUACUACAUAGGGUACACUGUCCAAGUCCAAACAACUGCUUGAACCAGGGUCCAAUGCCUCACAAACCGACAUUACUGCUCGCUUGACAACGUACUAGCCAGUUGUGCCACUGAAAAGUUAGCAAUUCUGUGACGCGAGUGGAGACAUUUCACACUGUUAUAUCUGCUUAUCUACCUGGGUUCUAUAUCUAUGCCUGCACAUCUCUCAAUUACUUUCAGACAGAAAAAGUAUUUAUCUCCCUCUCUGACACACAGUAACUUGAUAUUUAUAGCAGGGAGGAAUCACUGCUAGUUAGGCAGGAUUUAAGCACAGUAGGUGGCUGUGCAAUCUCAGUUAAUUUCUGAAUUAGAAUUCUGACGUGCUAUUUUCUCUCUGUUGUAGACGAAGAUGGAGACAAGGCAUCAGUGUCAGCAAAAAAGAGGAGGGUGGAGAGCUUCCAACAGAAGGAGAAGAGGAAGAGGGAUCUGGGCCAGGCCACCUCUGACAAGAGUUUCGUAGAGGAAGAGAAGAGGAUUCUCAGGCAGAACGUGGACUGAGGCCUAGAUCUGGUGUGAAGCCUGGGCUUUGAUUUGGGUUUUGGUCCAAGUCUGGGUGCACUAACCCUCAGUGACUGUCCUACAGCUCUGCCCCAGACACCCCCACACUCCUCUCUCUUAUCCUGUGUCCAGCCCCUGGUUUUGUGAAUGGUCCAGUACUCGUCUACCCAGUACACAUGAUAUAGAUGUUAUUGUUAUGGAAACAUUUGGACUGUUAUUUUUAAACCCUUGGUAUAUCUCUGAUCCAGACACUAGUGGAAAACACAUUUAUUCCUGAGUUUGUGUGUCCGUAGGUAUUGUCCAAUGUUUUGUUGUAAAUAGACAACCACCUGACCUACAUAUAAUAGGCUUGAUUUGGAUGAAUAUCUUUUAACUGCUUUGGGGGAUAUCAAAUGUGUUCAUAUGUUUGGAUCAUGGGCAGAUUUAUUUUUUAUAUGGCUUUUAUUUUUGAAUAGUGAGAAAUGUAUGGUAAAGACAUUGCAUUAUUAGUGUCUCUAAAUGUCUCUGUUGGCGAGAACGCAGGGAGCGAGAUCAAGAAAGACUGCAUUUGAUAGACUAAUUGAAACCAUGUGGGUAACUUUUCAUAUACAUAAAAUAUCCACCUGAUGGCGCCAUUGGGCCACAUUUGGGACAACUUUUUCACUGGAGGGAAAGGCUCAUUUGCAGUAGUAGUAACUUAUGUUGCCAUGUCUUUUACUGUGUCUAUACAAUAUGUAUACAGUUAACCACACACUGACAGUUUUAAUGUCAGUUUUGUAGUAAAUUCCCUUGUCAUACACAACUGAUGCAAUAAACGGAAUGUUAAUGA